CCUGGCCCCAUGGCCAUCGGGGAGAGGGACAUGCAGAAUGGGGCCCACAUCCCCCCAGAUGGCGGACAGCAUCGACUGAAGUCCAAGACGUCUGGGUCAAGCAAUUCAGGAAUCCCCCUCGCGAACAGGGACGGCGAGAGAGGUGGCGGUGGUAAUGGUGGUGGAGAGAGGAACCGAUCGCGAGGAAGAAACAACAGUGGGCGGACUGCAAGUGGGCAGCUGAGAGUCUGCAAGAAGUGCGGCGAACCACUGACAGGACAGUUUGUACGAGCCCUGGAUGGGACCUUUCACCUCGACUGUUUCAAGUGUCGCGACUGCGGCGAUAUCGUGGCAUCCAAAUUCUUCCCGGUGGAAGACGAGAACGGCGAGGGGCAGUAUCCCCUCUGCGAGACAGACUACUUCCGACGACUAGGGCUUUUAUGUUACCAAUGCGGUGGAGCGCUCCGAGGAUCAUACAUCACUGCUCUGGACCGCAAGUACCACGUUGACCAUUUUACGUGCUCGCUCUGUGAUACGGUAUUUGGUGCGCAAGACAGUUACUACGAGCACGACGGCAACGUUUACUGCCACUACCACUACUCGACACAAUUCGCCCAGCGAUGCAACGGCUGCCAGAUUGCCAUUUUGAAACAGUUUGUCGAGAUAUUCCGCAAUGGACAGAACCAGCACUGGCACCCAGAAUGUUACAUGAUACACAAGUUCUGGAAUGUGCGGCUCUCUCAACCCACGGACGAGCCGCCAAUGGCCAAUGCUUCAGAUGAUCCGACAAGUCGAGACAUGAUCCGAGAUGUGGAGGAGCGCAUGGAAGAAAAAGUGUACCGCAUCUGGAGCGUACUAUCGACGUUUGAGGAGUCCUCUGCCGCCUGCAUUUCCGACAUGCUUCUUCACGUCAGCAACGGAGCUUAUAUCGACGGGGUUCUAAUAGCUAAGCGCUUCAUUUGGCACGUUGAGAUUCUCUUCCAGUCCACCGACAAGCUAGACGAGACCAUGAGCAAGCUAAAUGGGAAAGGCAUGUCAUACGGACGAGAAGCAAAGCUCCUCUGUAAGAAAAUCGUAUCAUUCUUUUCAUUGCUUUCCAAAAACCAAGAUUCAGGAUCCCGCAAAGUUGGCGUCACACAAGAACUUCUUUCCCUUGUUACAGGGCUAGCUCAUUACCUAAAACUUCUUAUUCGUAUUUGUCUUCAGGGUGCGCUCCGGCUGGAGCGAGAAGCCAGCACAUCCGAGGGCCUCUACCAGUUUCUCGAUGACCUGAACGACUUCGAAGCCGUUAAGAACGAUGAAGGUGCUCUCCAGGUUACCCAAGGCGGGCUUCGACUCUCAGCGAUGGACUCGGAUCACUGUGCGCUAUGUAAUCGAUCCGUGGAGGAUGAGUGCGCAAAGAACGGCGAUAUACGAUGGCACCUUAAUUGCGUCAACUGCACCCGCUGUCGGCGAGAGCUGGGACGGUCAUUGGAAGAGGCUUUGUUCAGUCCCAUUGACCGAAGGAUUUACUGUGUGACUUGCCUUGGUUCUCAAGCCGAUGCUACCUCGGUCUGCGAGCAUGUGUCCAAACUCCAACAAUAUGUGUUCCUUCUCAGGGUGGCACUCGCGCGUCUUUUAGAUAUUUUGAGGAGCAACGGAACCAUCUCUGAAGCUGGUGGGAGUGAGGUGUCGAGAAACCCAGGAGACCCCCCCUUGCUCGAUUCGAGGUCCAAAUCUCAUAACGCUGCCACCGACAGAGAUCAUCGUCGUGAGUCGUCUUACGAGAACACUCUUAAUGAUGUCCGCCGACUACGCAGCACAAGACUAGAUCGCCAUUUGUCGUCCAGCGUUAGGCAAGCUAGGACCUCCCGGGUGAUGGAUGCGGAUGGCCAAGGACCUCGCCCUGGAUCGCCCGGUGCCGAUGGGAACCAGAACAUCCAAGGAUCUACAGAUGUCAUGUUCGGACAGAACGAUGCCAUCACUCUCGACGACAUCCCUCGAAUUGUCGCCGUUGAGCAGUCGCAACAACAAGAACGGGAGCGCCAGUUAAAUGGGCGAUCCCCCGCGGGGGACGGGGGUCACCAACGAACCCAAUCGUCAGGCAGAGAUCAAGACGUCCACGGACACGACAUGUUGCCGACGCGGAUUAAUCGCAAGUUCUUUUCCGAGUUGUCAGGACUGGAGUACUUCAACGUCAGGCAUCUCGCAGUUUUGACCAUGCAGCCCAUGAUUGAACAAGAAUUUUCUCUUGAUGAACUUCUGGGCUUUAUCGAAUCGAGGAAGCAGGCCACAUUCUGGAAGAACCUUGGAAAGGCCUUCAAGAAUGAUAAAAACAAGAACGUCAAGAAGAAGGGGGUAUUCGGCGUACCCAUCGAGGUCAUUAUCGAGCGAGACGGGGCAGACUCGACAGAUGGUGUAGGUCCUGGCGCAUUACGAAUUCCUGCUGUCAUCGACGACAUCAUCUCAUGCAUGCGCAAGAUGGACUUGUCAGUGGAGGGUGUGUUCCGCAAGAACGGUAAUAUCAAGAAGCAACAGGAAAUGGUCGAGAAGAUUAAUGCCGAAGGCUGUGACGUGGUCAAUUUCAUGGAGCAGCCCGUAGUGCAACUGGCAGCACUCCUGAAGCGAUACCUAAGAGAUCUACCUGAUCCUCUGAUGACACACAAGCUCUACAAGUUGUGGAUUAGUGCGGCCAAGAUUGCCGACCCCGACCAACGGAGACAAUGUCUACAUUUAACAUGCUGUCUGUUACCAAAGAGCCACCGGGAUUCUCUGGAAAUCCUGUUCUCCUUCCUCAAGUGGGCCGGGUCUUUCCACCAACUUGACGAGGAACUUGGAUCCAAGAUGGACGUCAGGAACCUGGCCACUGUCAUUGCGCCGAAUAUUCUCACCAACACAUCGAAAGCAAUGGCCUUGGAUAGCGAAGCUAUUUUUGUUAUCGAUGCCGUCGAGAUGCUAAUUUCAAAUAUCGAGGAGAUGUGUCAGGUUCCUGAUGAGAUUCUUGCCCUGUUAAACGAUCCUUAUCUUUUCAGCAGCAGCGGUGAACUCACCACCAAGGAAAUAAUGAAGCGAUUCCAGGAACGAAGAGGACAAGUUUCCAUCGCGGAGGUCAACGAGGUGUACAAUCGCCAAGAAAGUUCCACUCGACCGCCACCUAGGCGAGUAGAGACCGACCCUGCUUUGUGGCAAGGCGAGGCGUCGGUACGACAUGUACAGGAGACGCCCCCUUACGGCGCCUCUCCGCAUGGGCCGCAACAGGGACCACCAUCUAAUGGAGGACGGUUCAGAGGCCCGAGCGAACCAGGCCCUUACUCGAGCCAAUUCAACCAGUCUGACAGCCAUAUUGAUUCUCCCGACAACCAACGACGAGAGUGGAGGAAUUCCAACUGGGGCCGCCAAGGAGGUGGUCUCGGAGUGAGCGGUAACCUAUAA